AUGGAAUCUAAUUAGAGUUUAAUUGCCUAAUUCAGAGCAGGCAAUGUUGAUGAGUUUAAGGAUCCAGAUGAAAUCAAACCACCCAUGUAAUAGUAUCAGAAUCAAGGUUAUAAUUAAGGUUAUAAUAAUGGCUAGUGGAAUCAGAAUAAUUACAACGGAGGUGGGGCUGGAUAUACAGACAAUUCUUAUGGAUUUGAUCAAGAUAGCUAAUAUCAAAACUACUAGUAAUAUCAAUAAAUUAAUAAUUAAAUUAGAGGCGGUAAUCCUGUUGGUCAAUAAGACACUUUUCAGCCAUAGUACAAUAAUCAUGAGAAUGUUGGAGCCGGCUACACAAAUACUUAUAACAAAUCUAAUACUCAACAUGCCAAUACCUUAUAUUAACCAUAGAGCCAAAGUUAAGUCGGACUUGAUAUGAGUGGAUCGAAGCCUCCCUACUUGCAUUCUCAGACAUCAGCCCCAUCUAAAUUGUUUAAUGAUGGAGCAUUUACAGAGGGUGUUGCAUCAAGCUUCAAGGAUAUUAUGAAUCUGAGGAAAUUAGAACCUCCCUCAUUAGAUGUUUGCGAGCCAACAAUUAAAGGCGGAACAACAGGAAAGCACCAUGUUUACAAAGUUAGAGGAACUGAUCAUAUGGGAUCAUUAGAGAUAGAAAGAAGAUUUAGUCAUUUUUAUGAGCUUAGAAACAUUUUAUUCCAAAGAUUUUUGGGACUCUAUGUUCCACCUAUUCCUGAAAAAAAGAAAAUGGGAAACAAAGACAAUCAUUUUGUUGAGGAAAGAUGCACCUUUUUGGACAGAUUUAUAAAAGAAAUUGGCUUCUUACCCUACCUCUAUGAGUCUGUUGAAUUUCAAACAUUCCUUAGACCGAAUGGAGAUGUAGAAAAAGCAAUGGCUAACCUUCCAAAGCAGACAACAGAUGAAGUUUUACAAAGAUUUAGAACUGCAAUGCCUAUGGCAAAUGAAUUUACGUUAAAAAAGUACAACGAAAGAAUCAAUGAUUUUGUAAAAGACUGCAGAGAUUUCAUAGAUCACUUAAAAAAGUUUAAGAAGCAAAUUAAGAUGAUUGUGCCAAUCAAGGAAUAAGAAGUUAUGCAUUAUAAAGAUUUCAUAGAUUUUCUAAUUAAAUAUGAGGAGCUAAAUCUCAAAAAGUCAACUCUUGAAGAACCAUUUUAAGCCAACCUAAUAAGUGGAGGAGUCGAUGGAAAGUUUGAUUUCAAAUAAUAACUCACUGAAACUUCUUAAAGAUUGAAAAAUCCAUUUUUGCAUAUAAGAAACUGGGUGAAAGGAGAAAUAAUGGAGUUAGGGGCCUUAAUGGAAGCUAUAUCAAGAAAAGAAGGCAUCGAGGCUCAGAAAUCCCGCACAAUAACUAAGGUUAAAGAAAAAAAAGAAACCGUUGACAAGUUAUCGACAGGAAAAUUCACUCUAAAGGGAAUGUUCAAGUCUAAAGACGGCAAAGCUUCUGAAACAUAGAAUAUCUUACAAAGCAUUUCAUAGGGAGAAAAAGAUAUCUAAAAUUAUGAGAUUAUAAAGAACUAUCUGAUUAUCUAUCUGGCAGACAUUGCGAUUCCUGCAUUCAAACAUCAGAAAAUGCAAAACUACAUAAAAGCAAUGCAGAGUUUUUGCUACCAAGAAAUUAAUAAUUCUCAAAUGUAGCAAGAUUGCUGGAACAACUUUGUGGAGAGCAUAAAGAAAAUCCAAAUCAAAUGA